AUGGCAGUUGCGUGGAGGAAAAUAUAUUUGAGAAAUUAUCGAAGGUGGGUGAGAUUUUGUCUGAUCAUGAGCCUAAUUAAGAAGCCGAUGAAAAAGCGGCAUAGGGUCAUCCGCGACCCCUUGCGUGCAGCUCAGCGCAAGGCCGAGAAAAAGCAGAUCCGGCGUCACAAGCUGACUGGAACGGACCAACAGGAAGUGUCUCGAGUUGACCGGCUCGUCAUGCAGUUUAACACGAAGGCGAAUGCCGGCGCCGCGAGCGGGGAUCACAAUGCUGGCAACACAACAGUUUCAAAGAGCAACAGAAAGAAACGGAACCGGCAUCGACUAGACACCGCUCGAUUUGCCGAUGCUGCGGCGCCAGUACAGCCAGGCAUGAACAAACCGGAGAAGCCUUUGUUGGCACAGCGUCAACGUCGCGGCGAGACGGACGUCAACUUCAUGAGGCGACUUAAUCAAGCGACAAAGGCAUGUCCUGAAAUCGUGGAGCAAAGCAAGCUGGAAGAAAAGUACGGGGUAGAUGUGUGGCAGGGCGACGAAGGACACGUGCGAGUCAAGCCCCGAAAGCUUUCGAAAUUCUACUCGGAUGUGGAUCAGGAGUUGGUCGAUAUGAAGCACGCCGCCUACGCUGACCCGGGAAUCAGAAGCCGCGUCAAGUUUAGCCGGGCCGUCCGCGUCGCCGAGGAGCCGUCAACGUCCACAGCGCAGAGCUCGAGUCGGAAGCGACUCGAGUCGUUUCGAUUGCGUAAGAAACUGAAGCGUCUCGGGUUCAGGGGGCGCGAAAAGGAGGAGCUUCAGGAGGAUGCACCUCGCAAGGACAUGUUUGUGUUCGGGCAAGUCGUGGAUGCGCCGCCAUUGUUGCAACACCGACCGCGAAAGGCAGCCGAGUACAAGACGAACAGGCCUGGCCGCAAGGACUUGCUACUCAAGAAGAUACUUUGCACCGCCAGUGGCAUGAAAAAAGAAGCAAGUGUUAGCGGGCAUUCUGCCAGCAAAUCUGCAUCCCUGAAAGGCCAGUCGGCUGUUGUCGUCGCGGCCAGGGCUAGAGAAUUAGAAGAGGAACGCGAUCGCGUCAUGGACGCAUAUCGUUGCGUCAAAAAAUUGCGAGGAAAGCAGACCACUUUUUUCAGAGACAAUGAAACAAAGCAUUGA